CCAAUGCCUCACAGAUAUCACUGAUAAGAUUGGAGGGGUUUACUUAAUCCCAGUCGAGCACAUGGGCAGCGGUAUAAAAGUGAAUGGAGGGAGCAAUAGGGUCUACACACUGAACACUGACCAGGCUUCCACCAAGAUACACAACAUACGCAGGAUAUUGCCACCCGUCACUAAAAUGUGCUUGUUGAAAUCAACUGGACUAUCCCUCAUCCUGUCCGCACUUCUAGUCAUCGCAGACUCUUAUCCAAACAGUGACAAGACAAACAUGGGCUGUGAGGAAUGCACACUGAAGCCGAACACAAUCUUCCCCAACAUCAUGCAGUGUACAGGCUGCUGCUUCUCCAGAGCUUAUCCAACCCCACUACGGUCCAAGCAAACCAUGCUGGUCCCCAAGAACAUCACCUCUGAAGCCACAUGCUGCGUUGCAAAAGAAGGGGAAAGGGUCACCACCAAGGAUGGCUUCCCGGUGACGAACCACACAGAGUGUCACUGCAGCACCUGUUAUUACCAUAAAUCAUAAAAUGUCUGUACGGGCUGGAAAUCUCCUUGUUGUAGAAGUAAAAGCUUGGCAACAGAUCAUGUAUUUUGCACAACUUAUUCCUGAAGUUCCUUGUGUUUUAAGAGAAAUCAUAUAUUAGGAAAUCAUUGUGAUCCACAAAAUAUAAUAUUCUACGGAUAAUAUUUAUAGUGCUCUUAUGGUAGCAAUGAUAUAAAGUUGUAUUUCUGUACUGUGUUAAUCAAUGUAGACUUUACUGUAUGAAUUGAAUACUGAUUAAAAUGCCAAUUAACAUGAUUGCA